UGAGGGUGGAUUGCGUGUUUGGCAGUGCAGUGUGGGAGGGCGCAUGAUUGGUGCGGGAUAUCAUUUUCGUCGAUAUCUUUUGGACUAAUGUGAGGCAAUAUGGGUGUCAAAUGUCUGGCAGACAUUUUCUUGAUAUUCAGUGUCGUGGAAAUAUAUUGCCAAAUGGUCGGCAACGUCCAGGGACACAAUCAAGCCUUCAUCCAGAUCGACAACGAGCUGCGAUACCUGGUCGAUGGUGUCUCGGUCAACAUGUACGAGAGUAUCUCGGCGGACGGCACACCCAACAGGGGCUCCUCGGACGUCGACAAGAUGCCCUCCAUCCGGUUCGACCCGCCCAUGCUAGACUUCAAGGAGCAUCCCCUGGGUAUGCCACACGUGGAACGUGUCAUCAUAUAUAACCCGUCCGCCGAACAUACAAUAUCGAUGCUCUCAAUAUCAGGGAGUACAGUGCAUUUUCAUUGCACAUUCUUCCAAGAGAAGAUGAUACCGCCGCUGGGCAAUACGUCGCUGGACGUGGUGUUUCUGGGCCGCGAGGUCGGGCCCGUGGAAAGCUAUCUCUACAUCCACUCGUCAGUGGGCAGUUUCAGGUUUAAGGUGAAAGCCGAAGGCACGCCAAAUCCAUACCGGUUAAAACCGUUGGUAGGGGUAAAAAUGCCACUAAAUUCAAGUUACUCGCCCUUGAUAGAAAUGUACAACCCGCACAAGACGCCACUGCAGGUGGUAGAGAUGUACAGCAGCGGCGGCGACCUGCACCUAGAGCUGCCCUCGGGCGACGUGGAGGGCCAGCGCGCCCAGUGGGAGGUGCCGCCCUACCACAGCCGGCCCGUGAUGCGCGCCAGCUUCGUGGCGCGGCAGGAGAACAACCACACGGCGUUCAUCAGGAUAAAAACGAACAGCACGGACCCGAGCGACGACUACCUGGUGCUGCCGGUGGAGGUGGAGGUGUCGGCGCGACCAGGCCUCUUCUGCCCGCUGCAGCGGCUCGACUUCGGCCUGUUAGCGGCCGGGAGUCAGCCGCGCGUCCUCUGGCUGCCGCUACUUAAUGCUGCGCAGAAGCCCAUACAGCUGCAGCACGUGGUGGCGAGUCCAGCGAAUGAUGCGGUCGAGAUCGAGUUCGAGCCGGUGAAAAUACCACCGAACACCGGGCGCGCCACCAACGUGGCCAAGAUCUCCUUCUACCCGGAUCGUGUGCGGUCAGAGAAACAGCUCAGCGGCAAGAUAUUCAUCAAAUCUAAGAGCAAUCAACACAAGCUGCAGAUGUCGUACGUGGCCGACAUCGUGUCGGGCGCGCUGGAGUGGGACGAGGCGCAGCUGCAGUUCCACGCGACGCCGGGGCCGGCGCCCGAGGCGCGGCCCGUCGUCGUCACCAACGGCUUCGCCGUGCCGCUGGCCGUCUACAACGUGUCGCUCACGACGGCAGCCGGCGCCUAUUUUAAGGUGACGUGGCCGGGCCCGACCAUCCUGGCGCGCAACAAAUCGGCGGAGCUGUUCACGCUGGAGCUGGCGGCGCCCGAGCCGGAGCUCAAGCUGAGCGCUCACGUGGUGCUGCACACAAACGUCACGGAGCUGCGCCUGCCCGUCACCUGCUACACGGGCAAACUGCGAACGUACGUGGUGCCACCGGGCGGCGGCGCCGAGCCGAGCGGCGUGCUGGACUUCGGCACGCUGGGCGUGGGAGAGACACGCGACAUGUACUACUACCUGCUCAACGACAACCCGAUCGGCAUCGAGCUGCAGGGCUGGGGCAGCAACCUGAGCCGGAGCGUCGUCGAGCUGGUGGGCACCGGCCGCGGCGGCGUGGCCGAGAUACUGCAGCGCCACGGCGGCCCCUACCGGGACAAACAGCUGCUGCUGCGGCCGAACCACUAUGCCGUGAUUCGGGUGGGCAUCGUGUCGCCGGAGCGCGAGGGCCUGUUCGUGGCCACGGCGUUCGUGCACACCGAGUACGAGAGGCCGACGCUGACGUUCCGACUGCGCAUCGCGCUCGGCAGCCUGUCGACGGCGCCGGCCGUCAUCAGCUUCGAGAAGACGUUCCCGGGCAAGACGUCGUCGGUGCCGCUGUCGGUGUAUUCGGCGUUCGGGCACGCCAUGACGGUGUCGAGCGUGCGCGCCGAGCCGCCCGACCGGCGCCUCGUCUUCCGCCCGGUCUCGACGCGCGCGCCCGUCGUGCUCGAGCCCGAGAAGAAGACCAGCCUGGGUGAGCUGCGCUUCGAGCCGGCGCGCGCCUGCGGCGACGACUGCUACACUGGCUUCCAGCUCACAUCUAAGCGCGGCGCCAAGUGGCUGCAGGGUCUGUCGCUGCCGGCCAACAUCGGCGACGUGGACUCGGCGCUGUUCCACUCGCAGUACACCAAGUACCGGUCGGCCGUGAGCGGCGGCGGCGGCGGCGGCAGCAGCAGCAGCGGCAGCGGCGGCGGCGACUGGCACAACGUCAGCCUGACGCUCGACACCAGCGAGGUGCACGGCCACCAGUUCUGGGCGCGCGCCCAGCUCUGCUGGCCCCAGCUGGUCGGACGGCGGCGCCUCCGCUUCGGCGUCACGCAGGUGGGGAACGUGACGGUGCGCGACCUGACUGUGGAGAACCCGUCCGAGCUGCCGCUGGCCGUGCACGUGUCCCUGCUGAGCGACUACCCGGCCACGCAAGCUACCAUGGACAUCAUACAGCAGCUACUGGGCGAGACGCCGGCCAGCCAGCGGCCGCCGCGGUCGGCGCCGGCCUGCUUCACGCUGCUAGACGUGGCGCUGGUCUUCCUGCCGCACGAGGACGCCGCCAUGUCCGACAUUGUCAUCAUCAGGUGCGACGGCUGGGCUCAGCAGGCGGGCAGUGUGGCGCAGUUUGGUUCCCGGCGCUCCGGCAAGUACACGUUGCCCAACUUCACGGUGAAGCGGGCGUUCACCACGCGCAACGUGGGCGAGGUGCCGAUCCACAUAUCCAACUUCAGUGUCAACGGACUGGCGUGCGAGGGGUUCGGCUUCCGCGUGCUCAACUGCGCGCCGUUCGUGCUGCAGCCCAACUCGAGCCGCAAGGUGGAGAUGCUGGUGCCGUGCGCGCGCGCAGUGCCGCGUCCAGAUUGGGAGCCGUUGCUCUACUGCGUGGCCGUCACGUUCAUGAUCUUUAUGCUGUUCAGCAUCCUUGCGGCGGCCUUCUUCGAGUCGGACCGCAUUCUCAAGGACACGUUCGACCUGCGUGUUCGACCUGCGCCGCGUCGGUGA